CACCCGCACACACACACACUCCUGGGAUCCAGCGUCUUCACACUUCGCACGUGCGAGUUGUUGUCCUCGUGUCGUCGGUCAUGGCGGCUUCCUUCUCUCAGCAGCUCGAGGAUUUGUUGAAUCCGCUGCCGAAGUUCGUGGAUCCGGAGGACGGUGAUGAAGACGAAACGACCAAAGCCAGAGUGGUGGAGAAGUUCAAUGAUGAAGAUGAAGAUGAUGAUGACGAAGGUGGACUCGGUCGAAGUUCUCUGCGGAAGAACAACGCGACCCUGCUCUCUGACACCGACCGACGCUACGUGGGUAAAACAGUGUCCCGGAAACAGCUGGAGGAGGAAGAUGAUGAUGAUGAUGAAGGUGAGGAGGAAGAAGAUGAGGAGGAGGAGGGUAGCAUUGAAGAGUUGGAAGAAGGUGAGGAGGAGGAGGUGGAUGGAAUUGAUGUAGAUGAUGAGGAAGAAGCUGGACUGAAAGUUUGUGACACCACCUUCCCUGAAGGUGUGGAUUUCCAUAAACUGACGGAAGGCAUGGACGACCUGGGAGUGAGUGAAGAUGACGACGAUGAUGAUGAUGACGACGACGACAAUGAUGAUGAGACUGAAGACAGCGAUGAAGAGGGAGAUGGUGAUGAAAUGGUAGAUGAAGACGGUGAGGAAGUGGUGCGCACUUUCUCCAAAGAGAAGGUGGACGAGGAGGUGGCGAAAGGCAGAGCCGUGAAGAACCAGCUGGUUCUGUGGGACCAACUCCUCGAGGGACGAAUCAAAAUGCAGAAAGCUCUGGUAACGGCCAAUCAACUUCCACAGCCGCAGAUGCUCCCGGAGUUCAAGAAGAGGGGCGGGGCUGAGCUGGCAGCGCCGCUCAAGAAUGCCCACAAAGCUUUGAAGGCCCUGCAGAGGACUUUGCUGGAGCUGCAGGAUGAGCUGCUCUGUCAGAACUCAGACACCAGGGCAGUCGCGCUGGGGGACACGGACGCCACGGGUGAAGACGAGGACAUCGACAGUGAUGAGGACAAGGAAGAGGAGGAGACGGUGAAGGACGUAAGACCACCAAAGCGGAAACUGGAGAUGACAGAGUAUCCGGACUUCAUGGCCAAACGCUUUGCCGCCUUCCAGCCAUACCAGAACACCACGCUGCAGAAGUGGCACGACAAAACCCGACUGACCACCGGGAAGAGCAGCAAAGGCUUCGGAGCGUUUGACCGGAACAUUCUGACGCAGGUGGAGCAGGUGCUGAUGGACAAAGAGCGGCUGCUGCGGCGCACGCAAACCCGCCGCUCAGAAUACCGGACCCUCGGGAAGAAGGAGGUGUCCCCGCUCGAGACCGUCCCUGCUGAGGAUGGGGACACCGCACAACCACAACUGAAGGCCAACACACACCUCAAAGAAUUGGACGAGGACAUAUUUGACGAUGACGACUUCUAUCACCAGCUGCUGAGGGAACUCAUUGAGCGCAAGACGAGCGCGGCCGAUCCCAACGACCAGGUGGCCAUGGGCCGGCAGUGGCUGGCCAUCCAGAAGCUACGCAGCAAGAUCAAGAAGAAGGUGGACACCAAGGCCAGCAAGGGACGCAAGGUCCGCUUCCACGUCCACAGCAAGCUGGUGAACUUCAUGGCACCAGUCGACCACAGCGCCAUGGACGACGAGGCACGCAGUGAACUGUAUCGAGGACUCUUUGGUCGGAACUCUGCGGUCAGAGAGUGACGGUGAGGACGUUCUCAUGUGACGGUGACGUGAGGACGUUCUCAUGAGAGAGUGACGGUGAGGACGUUCUCAUGUGACGGUGACGUGAGGACGUUCUCAUGAGAGAGUGACGGUGAGGAUGUUCUCAUGUGACGGAGGAUAUUCUCAUGUGACGGUGGCGGUGAGGACGUUCUCAUGAGACAGUGACAGUGAGGACGUUCUCAUGAGACACGUGAGGAUGUUCUCAUGAGACGGUGACGUGAGGACGUUCUCAUGAGACAGUGACGAUGAGGAUGUUCUCAUGAGACAUGUGAGGACGUUCUUGUGUCGGGACACAAACCAAGUAUUCUUUGUCUUUGCACACAGAAAAGACGCAGCGCAGCAGAACCCGUUUCCUGUUGGUGUGGACGAUGAUGGACAGUUUCAGGAAUAAAAUGGAUGCAGAGAAAACAAACAUCAUACAUCUACGUCACAUGAUCACGUCUUUAUCUCAGAGACAGACUUUUCCAACAGGAAGCUGAAGUUUGUAAACCACUCACUCUCCCACACCAAAGUCCACAGAGAACAUUCACACACACAGGAGUUGUUGAGUUCUAAUGUCUGAUUUUGUCCUUUGUCUCUGUGACGUUUACAAACUUCAGUUCCCUGUUAAAAACAUGUUCUUAAGAUAUUGAACACCUGAACUAUAUUCAAGUAAAUUGUUUUACAUCAA